UCCUGCUCCUGCCUCGGGACGCUCGGUCUCGCCCCCGCGCCGAGCACAGCCCUCCUCCUUUUCCUCGCUGCGCAGCAGCAGCAGCCGCGCUGCGCUCAGCCCUCCUGGCGUCGCCCCUCAGCGAGCACCCCGGCCCCUUCCCUUCUCCGGCGCUGCGGGUGCUGCUCGGCUCCGCAUCCCCUCCGUUUCCCCGUUGUUAUGUUUUGCAGCUCUUCGCUCGCUCCGCGUUCGUUUUCCUCCAGGCCGGCCCCCUUGGUGGGGGCUGAGAUGGCAUUGUGGGAGAAUGGCUUUCCUGGGAGAAGCGCAGUGAGCGCUGUGAGAAACGCGAGAGGGAAGCGCGCACCCCGCGCUGUCCCACUGCGUCUCCCGGCUGUCCCCAGCUCGGGGGCGUCCCAAGCUGGUGGUGAUUUCCACGUGUUCAGAAAGAAGUCUUCGGCUCUUUGUGCUCCUCCGGCCGUCUGCUGGCGGGGCCGUGUGAGCUCUUCGUGCACGGAGCGCUCUUGGGUAGGAACACCCCUUCAGGGCGCAAUUUGCCACAAGCCGGCUCCGGUAUCCUCGUGUGAGGAGCAGGGCUGUACGCAGAUAUAUGUAUGCAGAUAUCUGUCCCAUCAUCUUUGCAGACCAAUGAUAAUAGCCUAACUUGCGCGCUGAGCCUUGUAUGGGAGCCAUGGCACGCACCCCUGAUUGUUCUUUUGGUCCUUCUCUGAACGUUUCCCACUUCUCUGUCUUUCGAUGACAGAACAGGAACUGCGGACAGCAAUCCCUUUGCAGUCCCUUUGCAGGCAACAGAUGGAUUACUGGUGUGGCACACAGGAGCAAGGAGGCUGCAAGAGAUACCCACAACUAAGCAGAGUGUUCUCUAGGCAAGAGUUAAAAACGUAAUGAGAACUUGAAGGGAACUAAAGAGCAAUCUUGGAUGAUAAAUUGCUUGCUGAAUAGAGAGGUACCAGACAGAGGCUGUGUCAUCAGUUCAGACUCCUACAUUAUUUUUAGUCAUCACCUUGUUUGACUUUAAUUUCACCCCAUGUAAAGGAUUCAUAAGAGUGGAAACAACACUGUUCUUGUUGGAGGCAGCUGCAAAUGAAACAGAAAUUGCAUGCUUGUACCUUUUGUUAUCACUGUUUUUUUUUUUGGGGGGGGGGGGGGGUGAUCUACUGAGCAUUAUUUGCUGACAGAGGUGUAGCCAUUUCAGAAUUAGGAUUUUAACUUCUUUUCUUUAGAAGUUUUCUGUUGCUGCUGCUAACCCUGGCCUUUACAGGCAUCUUACACUCCCAGUUUGGCUCAUCAAUGUGCUAGAGGAAAGAAGGGAAUACACUUUCUUCCUGUGUUUUCACUCCAUAGCUUUGCUUGUAACCAGGAUGACAAGGCCAGGCAGUUGGCUUUGCAAGCAGUCUGGCUGUUCUGGUGAUCUAAAUACUUUCUCCAGUGUUAUCUUGUGUGAUACAAGUGACUUCACAUUGCAGAGCGCUGUGUUUGCUUUGCUGAUUGGCUUAAUGCACAGCACAUGAAGAAGUACCAGUGUGUCUUUUGUUUUGGUUUGACAUCAUGGUAAAUGUGACAUUGAAUGACUUAAACAUGGUUUUGUCUAGUGGUUUUCUAAUCCUUGUUCUAUGGAAGAAGUUAGGUAUUUUCUGUUCAUUCCAUGAAGCAUGGUACAAUUGGUCUGUUUAGAAUAAUGUGUAGUUGUUUGAAAAUCCUGUUGGAACACAAAUGCAGGUACUCCGUUAUGGGCAGGCACCAUUUCAACAGUUUGCUUGUAUUACCUUCUUGUUUCUAACUUACAAAUCCAAGUAGUGGGAUUUAAAAACAGACCAGUUUUGAUGUGAGUAUAUCAGCAGAGUCGUUAUCAGCUUUAUUCAGGUUUGGAAGACAGACGCUGCAACUGAAAGUGGAACGGCUGUAUGAGAGGGGAGAGCACUGGUUGGAGUUCUGUAGCCACUGUUGGGCAGUAGGUCAGUGAGAUGGCAAUUCUGCAGUGCUGUUACAGUUAAACCUGAAUGGAAGUGGCACUGAUUUGUCCCAGCGUCAAAGCCAACUUACCUGCUCUUCCUCUUUCCUUCCUUUGUGUAACAUGUUCACCAGGGAAUAAAACAGCUAACUUCCAGUUUGAGCUCUGGGCAAUCCUGCAGUACGGCCUCCAGAAAAACCAAUUUUCAAAGGAAUAGCAUACCAAUUGAUCUCUGCAUUGUUACACUGUUCUAGUUAGGUACGUGAAAUACUUUAGCUGAGCGUUUUUGUCAAAUAUGUUUGCUGUGUGGCUGAACCGCAGCGGUAACUGGCUGUUACCUGCUGCCGCAGGGAUUUCUCAGGGUGUGAUUUUAGGAAUACUGCUGCAAUAACUUCCUAAAAAAUGUCCUCAGGGGCAGCAGACCUGCGACAGAGAAGGAAACAAAACUGCACAGAAUCUGACAAAAUGGCUCCAGAGGAGAGAAACAAAGAAAACUCUAAGCUGGGAAGAUCGCCAAAAUAUAUGUUAAUUCAGCGUUUUGCGAAACUUUUCUUUGGCUGUCUUGCGGCAGUCACUAGUGGAAUGAUGUAUGCUGUGUACCUCUCCACAUAUCAUGAACGGAAAUUCUGGUUUUCCAGCAGGCAGGAACUUGAACGAGAAAUUACAUUUCAGGGUGACAGCGCCAUUUAUUACUCAUUCUAUAAGGAACUGCUAAAGGCUCCUUCCUUUGAAAGAGGUGUUUAUGAGUUGACACACAACAAUAAGACAGUAUCGUUGAAGACAAUAAAUGCAGUCCAGCAGAUGACCUUGUACCCUGAGUUGAUUGCCAGUGUAUUAUAUCAAGCAUCUGGUAGUGAAGAAGUUAUUGAACCAGUGUAUUUCUACAUUGGUAUAGUUUUUGGACUGCAGGGAAUUUAUGUGACUGCAUUGUUUGUAACCAGUUGGGUUAUGAGUGGGACUUGGCUGGCAGGAAUGCUGACUGUAGCAUGGUUCAUUAUUAACAGGACAGAUACAACAAGAAUUGAUUACUCCAUACCAUCAAGGGAAAAUUGGGCUUUGCCAUAUUUUGCAUGUCAAGUAGCAGCUCUCACAGGCUAUUUAAAAAAAAACCUAAAUUGUUCUGCAGAGAAAUUUUGUUACCUUUUGGUGAGUGCUUCAACAUACACCUUCAUGAUGAUGUGGGAGUACAGUCAUUACCUCCUGUUUCUCCAGGCCGUGUCUCUUUUUCUGCUUGACAGUUUUGCCCUGGCACAGUCAGAGAAGGUGCAUGAAGUGUACAAAAUCUACAUGUUUUCUCUCUUCCUCGGGUAUUUAUUGCAGUUUGAAAAUUCGGCCUUACUAGUGUCACCAUUACUUAGUCUUGUAGCAGCUUUAAUGCUCUCUAAAUACCUUCAGAUGAAUGUGAAGAAAGGUACAUUUGUGUCGAGAAUGUUGAAAAUUAUGUACAUUUAUUUGGUACUCACAGUAACACUGACACUAAACUUGUUACUAAAGAUGUUUGUUCCUCAUAAAGAAAAUGAGCAUUUGCUGAAGUUUCUUGAGAUAAAACUUGGCUUAAACACAACUAAGAAUUUUACAAUGAAUUGGCUCCUUUGUCAAGAAUCUCUUCAGGCACCCUCCCAAGACUUUUUUUUGCGGCUAACACAGUCAUCACUGUUGCCUUUCUAUAUUUUAGUAUUAAUUAUCUGCCUUUUUUCUGUAACUCAGGUCAUUUUUAGGAGAAUUUGUGGUGAACCACUGAAAGAGACAGUUAAACUUGAGGAUGGUCGAAUUGGAGAGAGGCCAGAAAUAGUUUAUCAUGUAAUUCACACAAUUUUACUUGGUUCUCUAGCGAUGUGUUUGGAAGGAAUGAAGUAUCUGUGGACUCCGUAUGUUUGCAUGCUCGCUGCAUUUGGUGUGUGCUCUCCUGAACUUUGGAUGACACUUUUCAAGUGGCUGAGACUGAAAGCUGUGCAUCCGAUACUACUGGCUCUCAUUCUGAGUAUGGCAGUUCCCACAAUAAUUGGAUUCAGCUUGUGGAAAGAGUUUUUCCCUAGGAUAAUGACAGAGCUUUCAGAACUACAAGAAUUCUAUGAUCCUGAUACAGUAGAGCUUAUGACGUGGAUAAAAAGACAAGCUCCUGUGGCUGCUGUGUUUGCAGGCAGCCCACAGUUAAUGGGUGUGAUUAAGCUUUGUACAGGAUGGAUGGUGUCAAGCUUGCCUUUAUAUAAUGAUGAUGAUCUUCUAAAAAGAAAUGAAAAUAUCUAUCAGAUAUAUUCAAAGAGGUCAGCAGAGGAUAUUUAUAAGAUUCUCACAUCCUACAAAGCCAAUUUUUUGAUCAUUGAAGAUUCAAUUUGCAAUGAAGUGGGACCUGUAAGAGGAUGUAGAGUUAAAGAUCUAUUGGAUAUUGCCAAUGGUCACGUGGUUUGUGAAGAAGGUGACAGUUAUGCCUAUUCAAAAUAUGGACGAUUUUGUCAUGAAAUCAAAAUGAACUAUUCUCCAUAUGUGAAUUACUUCACUCGAGUAUACUGGAAUAGAUCCUACUUUGUGUAUAGGAUCAACACUGUGAUAUCCUUCCAAUCGUGACAAAGCAUGCAAGCUUUUUUUUUUGAGGAUUGACUGUGAUGGAAUUCGGCUGGAAAAAUUCCUUUUGAUUAAGAAAAUUAUUUUUACAGAUACAUGUGGGUGCAGUGUACUGACCAGUUUUUUGGGUUUGUUGUUUUUUUUUUCCACCAAACUGGAACUGUUUGAACUCUACAGACCAACUGUUACAGAUACCUUCUUUGAAGGAACCAGGAAAAUUUGACAAAAAAAGUCUCCACAAGAAAGUGUGACAGUCUUCCAUGUUCUUGCAUUUGUCUUCCCAUUGUAAAUCAUCUUAAUCUUCAUUUAACAGAUAUUUCUAACUUCAGUGUUAGAGAGCUGAUGUGGAUAGACUUUGGAAAAAGUUGUGUUGAAGAGCUCGUUUAAGUCAUGUAGCUUCUAUUUUCUAGUAAGAAAUCAAGUGGUGUAUCCUAA